AUGAAAACUAAACCCGUUUUAAUGAAUUACCUAGUUUUUGUUUUAUUUGUAUUGGCUUUUAUAACUGUUUGUUCUGGUGAAAAUGUGAAGAAGAGUAUAGACGACAAUAGAGAUGAUAACGGCGAAGUAAGUUAUGAGUCCAAAGAUGAAUCCAUGGAUAUUCCCAUGGAAAGUGAACCUAACAACAUCACUUGUACUAGAAGACAGAAUAGUCAAAUGCAUGAAAUACGUAGUGCCAGUUUUAAACAGUUUCCGUUUAUGGUAGCUAUAAUGUCCCAACAAAAUGAAUAUUUAUGUUCUGGGUGUAUAGUCUCUAAUGGAUUGAUACUAACUACAGCAACGUGUACUCAGCAACCUUUGAGUUAUGUUCUUCUUAACACUACGUCUGAUAAAAGAGACGAUACUACCAUAUCUCUUCAUGUCAUAAAGACCGAAAGGUUUCCCACAUUUACAACAGGCGAAGGCUCGAAAGACGUAGGCAUCGCAUAUACGGAAAAGCAUAACAGUAGUGUUGCUUCUAAAAUCAAACUCAGUAACUACACUAAUCCUCGCUUCAUUGUGGAUGUAGAAGGAAUUGGCUUUGGAAUAAAUUCAGAUGUCGGCCAAGUCAAAGAGCUACAAUAUAUCGGCAUGGAAGUUCGUUACGCUGCAGAAGUAGCAGAAAGUGUAAAAGGAUACUUUGACUGUGUCGAGACUAAAGUAACAACGUGUUUUAAAGAUACCGGCGGUCCAGUGGUUUUUGAUAACGAGCUUAUGGGAGUCAUAACUAAAGGUCAAAUUGAAUGUACAAAAGAGAUGUCAGCUACAUAUGCUGUAAACAAAAGGAUGGUAGACUUUUUGCCAACUUAUGUUUUCAAAGCGUGGUUGGAUGAAAAAAUUAGGAAGAAUGAAGAACAGGAACCAGUAGCUCUAGCUACUUAUCCUGUGCACCCUCAAAUUACCAAUGUGGAACCACAUAGAAUGACAAUGGAAGCUUCAAAUCGCAAGUCUAAUAACGGAUCACAGCUGAGUGCAGUACCCGUUAUUAUUUUAUCACAAUUUUUGUGUCUCCUUAAACUCUAA